AUGCAGAACCCGAGAGUAGCCCCCGACCAGAGGAGCGGCAAACGCAAGUCGACCAGCAAGAGAAAGCUUCCUGAUCAAGGGGAAGCGUCUCUUCAAUCUCAAGCUUCGCAGCCGCAGCAGCAGCAACCACAGCAGACGACAAUCUCCGAGCUCCUCUCCAGGAACCAUACCCACGGCAAAGCCCAUCCCCACCAGUCUCCUUCAUCCAACAAGCGUCCUCGAUUGUCGCCUUCAGUAUCGGAUUUCCGCCCUCUAGAAUCAGCACCGGAGCUUCAUCCGCCGAAUAAGAUGUACAACUUCUCGAAUUCCGGGCAGAACGCAAGCGGGACGUUUUCGCACUCGGCUCCCGCUCUUUCCAGCAGAACUGCCUCCCACCCUCUCAAUGCGCCGUCGCGUCAGAGUAACUUCACGCCUCAUACCGGUGCGAAACGGCUUGUGGUGAAGAACCUUCGAACAGGCUCGCGGUUGAAUCAGGAUUCAUACUUUGAUAAGGUCUGGACACAGCUGGAUGCGGCACUGACUGCCGUGUUCAACGGCGGGAAUCCGGAUGUUUCGUUGGAGGAACUCUACAAGGGAGCAGAGAAUGUCUGUCGCCAGGGGAGAGCUGCAGUUCUUACACAACGUUUGCAGGACCGAUGCCGAGCACAUGUGUCUGGGCGCUUGCGUGAUGACCUGUUGACGAAGGCUUCGGGUGGAAAUAACGUCGAUACUCUACGGGCUGUUGUUGGCGCAUGGAGCACAUGGCAGAAAAAGCUGGUCACUGUUCGCUGGAUUUUCUACUAUCUUGAUCAAUCCUUUCUUCUACACUCCAAGGAAUACCCAGUCAUUCGUGAGAUGGGCUUGAGACAGUUUCGCGAUCAUAUAUUCUCUGAUUCAGUACUACAAACAAAGAUUCUGCAGGGAGCUUGCGAUCUAGUGGAGGCGGAUCGCAAUGAGAACUCGACAAUGAUGGCAGAUAUAUCCUUGCUUCGGGAGGCCAUUGAACUCUUCCAUGGCCUUGAUGUGUACACCACGGCCUUUGAGCCUCUGCUUCUUACCGAGUCGAAGCGGUUCUUUACGUCGUGGGCUCAGCGAGAAGCAUCGGGAUAUCUUGCCACUUUUGUAGAGAAUGCCCAUCGCUUGAUUGAACGCGAAGUCAACCGGUGCGAGCUGUUUUCUCUAAGCAGGAGCACGAGGCAAAAACUGUCUGCUCUUCUAGACACCAAUCUGGUAGCAGAUCAGGAAUCGUUCUUACUCAACGAGAAGGAUAUUCUUGGCUUGCUUCGAGAUGGAAACAAAGAUGCCUUGGAGAAACUCUACACGCUCCUUGAGCGAAGGCAACUGGGGACGAAACUCAAGGCAUCGUUCAAAAGCUACAUCGUCGAAGAAGGUUCGCGGAUUGUCUUUGAUGAGGACAAGGAAGCGCAGAUGGUUGUUUCCCUGCUCGAGUUCAAAUCACAGUUGGAUAAAAUUUGGGCCAACUCCUUCCAUCGGAACGAAGAACUCGGGCAUACGUUACGUGAAGCGUUCGCAACCUUCAUGAACCAGAGUCGGAAAUCAGACUCCACCGGGGGUACCGACAAUGUCAAGACCGGAGAGAUGAUUGCCAAGUAUGUAGAUCGGUUGCUCAAGGGAGGGUGGAAGUUGCCUCCUGGAGGCGAUAUCAAGGACGUACCGCUGGCCGAUGAAGACGCUGAGAUUAACCGGCAACUGGAUCAAGUGCUUGAUCUGUUCCGCUUCGUCAAUGGCAAAGCGGUGUUUGAGGCAUUCUACAAGAAUGAUUUGGCUCGUCGAUUAUUAAUGGGUAGGAGUGCCAGUGACGACGCGGAGAAGAGCAUGCUGGCAAGACUCAAAACUGGUUGGUUCCCUUUUGCCGACGUAUCCUCACUUGUUUCUGGAAUUUCGAAGCUGAUUUGGUACGCAGAGUGUGGAUCUACUUUUACGCACAAUCUUGAAUCCAUGUUUAAGGAUAUGGAGGUUGCGCGGGAUGAGAUGGCCGCGUAUAGCUCGAUCCAGCGAGAGCGGAAGAAACGACUACCAGUUGAUCUGAAUGUCAGCGUACUGUCUGCCUCGGCGUGGCCGUCAUACCCUGAUGUGCAGGUGCGGAUUCCGGCAGUGAUCGCGACGGCGAUUGAUGAUUUCGAAAACUUCUACCACAACAAAUAUAAUGGGCGAAAGCUCACCUGGAAGCAUCAGCUGGCACACUGCCAGCUGCGAGCCUGGUUUGGCGGCAAGAGCAAGGAGUUGGUGGUCAGCUCGUUCCAGGCGAUCGUGCUGCUUCUUUUCAACGACGUUGAAGAGAGCAAACGUCUGACGUACUCUGAGAUCCAAGACGCGACCAAAUUAUCCGACCCCGAACUGCAACGUACACUUCAAUCACUUGCAUGUGCCAAGUAUCGAGUCCUCACCAAGACGCCGAAGGGGCGCGAUGUCAACAAGACCGAUGAAUUUGCAUACAAUGCGGAGUUCAACGAUCCGAAAAUGCGGAUCAAGAUCAAUCAGAUCCAGCUGAAGGAGACUAAGGAGGAGAACAAGAAGACACACGAGCGCGUGGCGGCCGAUCGACACCUGGAGACACAGGCCGCCAUCGUGCGGAUCAUGAAGAGCCGCAAGAGGAGCACACACGCCGAGCUGGUCGCGGAGGUGAUCAAAGCGACGCGGAGUCGGGGUGUAUUGGAGGUUGCGGACAUCAAGAGUAACAUCGAGAAGUUGAUUGAGAAGGACUACAUUGAGCGCGACGACAAUGUGUACCAAUAUGUUGCAUAA